AUGUCGAACAGUGUAGCGGAUCUUCAUUCUGGCUUCUGGACAAACUGGGAACAAGGCCCGAUCUUCGGUCGCACUAUCACUCUCGAGGCCAGCUAUGCCAGCUUUCUUAGCAAUUUUCUCGCUAUCUUCAUCACCUGGGCCGGGACCCACCUAUGGACUAUCAUCUGUUAUGUAGUAAUGCAAAGCAGAUCUAGCAAAGUGCCACGAGAUGGCCUUCAUCAUCAAACACAAGUCCUCCUACGCAACUCGCCAUCAGUCGGUGGAACAAUCUGGGGCUUUAUGAAGCAGGCACAAGCAUGGAGAAGGAGCGAACAUCAUGCGGUUCGACGCACCAUGCCGCUCGUCCUACUAGCUCUUGUUUAUACAGGCGGCUUCACGGCGGCCGGUAUCCUGUCCUCCAAAGUCUCUCAGCCUGGUUCCGAAGUCCUGCUUGAACCUGGGAAGUGCGGGUUUCCUUCCUACACUGGUGACGCAGUCGAAGAGUCGCUGCUCAGAGACAAUUCCUUUGCACGAGAGGGCGCCAUUUAUGCCCGGAACUGUUUCCAAGAUAUUGGUCGUGAUGGUCAAGAAGACAGACGAUGUAAUCAGUUCUCAGCUCCCAGGAUCGGUGGCGACCCUGUUGUGGAUAGCGAUGCUUCUUGCCCAUUUCCUGACAAGAGCGCUUGCAAAGUGCCUGCUAUGAGUAUCACAACCAACAUACCGUCUGACGAUCUGGGCAUCAAUGUCCCUCGUAGCGAACGAAUGUGGUUCAAGAAAAUUACGACUUGGAGUCCUCUUGACAUGUCUAAUUACGUUGGGGAUGGUUGGGUCACUACGCCUGCAAUCGGCGACCAGCUUGGCUUCUUGAAGAACGAGACUCGUCAGUACUACUACGUUGGCGAUACAUAUAUCAAUAGCACCUUUACUUAUGACUGGGUCUUCUAUGCUCGAAGUCAGUACAUGACAGACAUAGUUGACCACUAUAAAGUCUGGACCGCCACUGCUUACGCAAAUAUUGCUCAGAACUUCACUCCUGUCGCAGGCCUUACUGCCCCAAACGCCGAUAUAACUUUCCUUGGAGUCCAAAGCGUUGUUACAUAUCUCGCACAAGUCAGCGAUCCCCUAUAUCGGGCAAGCACCUACGACGAAGACCCGGUCCGUGGGAAUGGCUAUUAUCCUGACGAAAAGCUCUCAAUCCUGGGACUCACUGAGCAGUACCAACUGUGCACAGAAGAUAAGCGUUGUGGAAACAUCACUGGAGUCCUAGACGAAGGUAUUUGGGACGGCCUCGGCCUGACCGACAAUCAGUACGCCAUUGCUCAUCGCAUGCGCAAAGCCGCUAUGGACGGCAGCGCUACCUGGAUCAUCAGCGCACUCGGAAGUGAUGCCCUUCUUGCGUCCGACUACCGUGCCUCCGAUACCUCUUUCUACACGGUCGGCCUACCUGAUGAACAGUGGAAGACAGACGUACAUUAUAUGCACAACGUCUCGCUUGCAACAAUGCAGCGGAGUGCAGUAGAAUGGGCAUCACAUCCCCAUCGCGAAGUCACGCCUGGCUCUAAUAUUUUCAGCGAUUCACACAUUGACGACCCUACGAAAACGACCGAACUACCAUAUGACAAUAAAGCACUUGCCAGGUUAUGUAGCCGUCAAAAGAUUCGUAGCUACCGAUAUUCGUCCUUUUCUGUCUUCGGCGUGAGCAUGAUUCUUGGUAUCGGCUCAUUUAUCAUUCUGCUCAACUGUACACUCUCCGAGAUAAUACACUCUUGCCGCAAACACCGCCGGAGCCCUCGCGCACAGCAGAAACGCCAGGAGUGGAUCGAGACAGAAGUGCUACAGCUUCACCGUAUGGCCCUCGACGCCCGUGGGAUCGGCCCGUGGAGGAGUCAAGAGAAGGCUGUACCGAUGCCCUUAGAUCCAAAUCUCAUGUGGGGCCCAGACGGGCGUGCGACGAUUGUGAGGAGGAAUUCGGACGCGACGCUAACACCGAGUGUGAACAGUCGCUGGUCACAGAACACUGCAGGGUAUCAGAGGGUCGAGAAGGCGGAUGUAUAUCAGUCUGGUGGAUGGGUGCAACCGAGUCCACCAGCUCCAGUGGACACUAUGUAUCAGCCUUAUGAUUCGGGCUAUAGGCCGUACCACGGGUGA